AUGGGUUUAUCAUUGAGAACGUGGGUCGCAAGUAUAAUCCUCCUUACACAUCUCGUCCAUGGAGCUCUUGGUUGGGGAGUCGAUGGUCAUUACUCUGUCUGCAAAAUAGCCCAGAGCUAUUUUGAGGAAAAAACUCUAGUUGCAGUGAAGAAACUUCUUCCUGCAUUUGCAAAUGGUGAACUAGCAAAUGUUUGCUCAUGGGCUGAUGAAAUCAAACGCACCCCUGAGUGGAGCUGGUCUUACACUUUGCAUUUUGCUAACACACCUGAUUACAAAUGCAACUAUGACUAUUCUCGGGACUGCCCUAAUGACUGGUGUGUGACAGGAGCAAUCUUCAAUUACACAAACCAACUGAUGUCAGCUUCUGAAGAUUCACUGAGUAUUGUCCACUAUAACUUGACAGAAGCUCUCAUGUUCGUAGCACACUUUAUGGGAGAUAUCCAUCAGCCCUUGCAUGAAGGUUUUUUUGGAGAUCAAGGUGGUAACAAAAUCAAACUCAAUUGGUACGAUCAAGAAACUAAUUUGCACCGUGUGUGGGAUAACAAAAUAAUUGAUUCUGCUCUAGAGAAAUACUACAAUUCAAGCCGUUCAUACGACUGGUCAAAUGAUGUUCCGUCGUGGGUGUCAUGUCCACUACACAAAAUAGUCUGUCCCAAUCUAUAUGCUUCUGAAAGCAUUGAUCUUGCCUGCAAGUGUGCUUACAAGGAUGCUACCGCAGGGACUACCCUAGGAGAUGACUACUUCAUCUCUCGUCUGCCCAUUGUAGAGAAGAGAAUUGCACAAGGGGGGAUUCGCUUGGCAGCGACUCUAAACCGAAUCUUUUAUCCCAAACCGAAGCUCGCUACCGCAUGA